AUGCCCAGGAGAGGCAACCUUAACAAAUGUGUUCAGACUACAUUAAUCCCAGAGAAGACAGGGAUAUUCAUGGCCCUCAUUAGCAAGUUUUGGGAUGAGGUGGCAGUGAAGUCAAAAGAAGAUAUCAAUGAGCUGAGCCAUGUUCAAAUCCCUGUUAUGUUGAUGCCGGAUGACUUCAAAGCAUAUUCAAAGAUCAAAGUGGACAAUCACCUUUUCAACAAGGAAAACAUGCCAAGCCAUUUCAAAUUCAAGGAGUACUGUCCUAUGGUAUUUCGCAAUCUGCGUGAGAGAUUUGGAAUUGAUGAUCAGGACUUUCAGAAUUCUCUGACAAGAAGUUGUCCGCUUGCAAAUGACUCUCAAGCUCGCAGUGGUGCCCGAUUUCAUACCUCUUAUGAUAAAAGAUAUGUCAUCAAAACUAUAACAAGCGAAGAUGUAGCAGAAAUGCACAACAUACUGAAGAAAUACCAUCAGUAUAUAGUGGAGUGUCACGGGAACACGCUUCUUCCCCAGUUUUUGGGCAUGUACCGGCUUACUGUUGAUGGAGUUGAAGUAUAUAUGAUUGUCACAAGAAAUGUAUUCAGCCAUCGCUUAUCUGUUUAUAGAAAAUAUGAUUUAAAGGGUUCUACAGUAGCAAGAGAAGCCAGUGACAAGGAAAAGGCCAAAGAACUGCCAACCUUCAAAGACAACGACUUCAUUAACAAUGGUCAGAAGAUUCAUAUUGAUGAAGCCAACAAAAAGAUGUUUCUUGAAAAGCUUAAAAAGGAUGUUGAAUUCCUUGCGCAGUUAAAACUCAUGGAUUACAGUUUGCUGGUUGGAAUUCAUGAUGUUGAAAGGGCAGAACAGGAGGAGGUCGAAUGUGAAGAGAAUGAUGAAGAUGACGGGGAAAGUGAUGGAGCUCACCCUACUGGAACCCCUCCUGAUAGUCCAGGAAAUACACUUAACAGCUCACAGCCUUUGGCUCCAGGAGAAUUUGAUCCAACUAUUGAUGUUUAUGGAAUAAAAUGCCAUGAAAAUGCACCUAGAAAGGAAGUUUACUUUAUGGCCAUCAUUGAUAUUCUUACUCACUAUGAUGCAAAAAAGAAAGCUGCUCAUGCUGCAAAAACCGUCAAACAUGGCGCAGGUGCAGAGAUUUCCACAGUUAACCCUGAACAGUAUUCAAAGCGGUUCUUGGACUUUAUUGCCAACAUUUUGACGUAACCUACCAUGUUUCAUUGGACAGAUAUAAGGUCUGGGAACAGCAGCAAUGGCUGCAAGUGUGUAAGGGACAAAAGCUUCUUUUAAAAAGGAACUCUCAAGUGCUAUCUUGCAGAAGGCGGCCCCCUUGGUUUACAUCUGCUGGCCAUGAUGACUGACUGGGGUGAAAUAUUCGCUUUAACAGCUGCCAGAUAUGCUCAGCAUAGUUCUAGCUAUUUCUGGUGUGUGGGUGUGGGUGUAUGCGUGUGUGUGUGUGUGUGUGCGUGUGUGCAAAACCCCCUACAAAUAUAAAUUAACUAAUUAAUAA